GCCCGCGCCCCCAGCCCCGCCGCCGCAGCCAUGCAGCCCUCCAGGCUGUGUCUCCUGCGCGCCCUCCUGCUGUGCGCCCUCCUGGAGCCCGCCAGCGCCCUCAUCAGAAUCCCCCUGCACAAAUUCAAGUCCGUCCGCCAGACCCUGAGGGAGGCAGGCAGGCCCGUGCAGCUGGCCAGGGAGCCCCUCUCCAAGUAUGCGCUGGGGAGCCUUCCUGUCUCUGGAGGCCCCAUCCCAGAGAUGCUCAAAAACUACAUGGAUGCUCAGUACUACGGAGCCAUCGGCAUUGGAACCCCGCCCCAGGAAUUCACUGUCGUCUUUGACACGGGUUCCUCCAACCUGUGGGUGCCGUCCAUCCACUGCAGCAUGUGGGACAUUGCCUGCUGGAUUCACCACAAAUACAACGGCAAGCAGUCCAGCACUUAUGUGAAGAACGGUACCGACUUUGCCAUCCACUACGGCUCGGGGAGCCUCUCAGGCUACCUGAGUGAGGACACGGUCACGCUCCCCUAUUCCGUGGAUGGGAAAGACGGGGAAAGCGGCUGUCUGAAGGUGAAGAAGCAGACGUUCGGAGAAGCCACCAAGCAGCCCGGCGUCACCUUCAUCGCUGCCAAGUUUGACGGCAUCCUGGGCAUGGCCUUCCCCCGCAUCUCCGUGGACUCCGUGGUGCCGGUCUUUGACAACCUCAUGGAUCAGAAGCUGCUGGAGAAGAAUGUGUUUUCCUUCUACCUGAACAGGGACCCCACUGCCCAGCCUGGAGGGGAGCUGAUGUUCGGGGGCACGGACAGCAAGUACUAUCAGGGGGAGUUCACAUACCUCAACAUCACACGACAGGCCUAUUGGCAGGUCCACAUGGACAUGGUGAAGGUGAAAAGUGACCUGACCCUGUGCAAGGAUGGCUGCGAGGCCAUUGUGGACACGGGGACCUCUCUCAUCACUGGCCCUGUGGAAGAGAUCAAAGCCCUGCACAAAGCCCUGGGGGCCACACCCCUGAUCCAAGGGGAGUACAUGUUUCCCUGUGAGAAGGUGACCAGCCUCCCAUCUGUCUCCUUUGUGCUGGGGAACAAGGCUUUUGAGCUCACAGGAGAACAGUACGUCCUGAAGAUGAGCCAGGCUGGCCAAACCAUCUGCCUGAGUGGCUUCAUGGGCAUGGACAUCCCCCCGCCGGGGGGCCCCCUCUGGAUCUUGGGUGAUGUCUUCAUCGGCCAGUACUACACUGUCUUUGACCGGGACAACGACCGCGUGGGCUUCGCCAGGUCCCGCUGACCGCCCGGCGUCCUGGCU